AUUCCGUAUUUUUUGCAAAAAAACACACAGUUCGAAAGCAAUUUGAAUUAUCUGUAUCUGUUUGCACAGCGCUUUUUCUCCUAUUAAAUUAUUGAUAAUACUCCCCGCUACCAUUAAUUUUAAUAUUUACUUUUGCAAAAUAUAUAUUAUGUGCGUGAUCAUCAUACCGCAUACGCGACUGUUCAGUCUCGACUCUCGAGAUAAUAUGCUUUGCUGAAUUCGAAAUUUAAAUAACUCGUAAUUUUGUAAGUAGUAUUCCAGGCCGAGGUGCAAGUUGAUGCAACUACCUCGUAUCCUGUCUUAUCUUGCGAGAGUUAUUAUUAGGUAAACCUCGAUACGUUUUGCAUUUAAUUACGAACAUGCUGUCGCGGAGUAUCCUGCAGCGCGGCCUAACCCUCUCCCAGUUCAGAGGACGAUGUGCUGCUAGCCUGCGCUUCUUCGCCAGCGAAGCAGAAGACAAACAGCCAGCGGAGAAGAACGACAAGACCCCUGGUAUCACAACCCACUACUCCGCUCGGCCGCGUAGCAAGGAUCCGCGAUGGGAAGGCGUGGAUAUGGAGCGUGUUUCGGACGAGGCCGACGUGGUGAUUGUCGGUGGCGGUCCAGCUGGGAUGGGCUGCGCUAUUCGACUGAAGCAGCUGGCCCAGGAACGCGGCCAAGAAGUGCGAGUGUGCCUCUUGGAGAAAUCAGCUGAAAUUGGCAAUCAUAUCUUAUCUGGAGCCUGCUUGGAAACGCAUGCGCUGAACGAGCUGAUCCCCGAUUGGAAGGAAAGAGGCGCCCCCUUACAUACCCCUGUCACCAAGGAUAGGUUUUAUUUUCUUACAGAGAAAGGAAAGAUCCCCAUUCCGAUUCUUCCUGGCUUUCCGAUGUAUAACCAUGGAAAUUAUAUAGUUCGUCUUGGAAAUUAUGUCAAAUGGCUUGGACAACAAGCGGAGGAACUAGGCGUUGAAAUUUACCCCGGAACCCCGGCAUAUGAGGUGUUGUACCACGAAGAUGGAAGCGUAAAAGGAGUAGCGACGAAUGAUGUGGGAAUCAAAAAAGAUGGAUCACCUAAGGCUAAUUUUCAACGCGGCAUGGAACUCCAUGCCAAAAUUACCGUCUUUGCCGAAGGAUGCCACGGGCAUCUCGGAAAGUCUCUUAUACGCAAAUUCAAUCUUCGUGCAUAUUCCGAACCACAAAGUUAUGGCAUUGGUUUGAAAGAACUUUGGGAAGUGGAUCCAUCUAAGCAUGAGCCUGGCCUGGUGAUUCACACCGUCGGAUGGCCUUUCGAUCGCCAUACUUAUGGUGGAACGUUUAUGUACCAUAUGAAUGAAGGCAGUACACCGUUGGUUACGCUGGGAUUGGUUGUGGGUUUGGACUAUCAGAACCCGUACCUGAAUCCUUACAAGGAGUUCCAACGUUUCAAACACCAUCCGGCCAUUGCGCCUUUCUUGGAAAAUGGCAAAAGGCUGCAGUAUGGGGCAAGGGCAUUGAAUGAAGGAGGUCUGCAGUCGAUACCCAGAUUGACCUUUCCGGGCGGAUGUCUCAUCGGAUGCGAUGCCGGCUUUAUGAAUGUGCCCAAGAUCAAGGGAACUCACACGGCUACCAAAAGUGGGAUGGUGGCUGCAGAAAGUAUUUUCGAUGUUUUGUACAAUCCGGAAUUUAAAACCGAACAAAACACACAGGCUGCCGAUCCGAUGCUUUAUGAGGAACGUCUGCGAGGCAGUUGGGUAUGGAAAGAGCUGCGUAAGUCGCGGAAUGUGCGGCCUUCGUUCCAUUCACCUUUAGGAGUGUACGGAGGCCUAGCGUACACUGGAUUGUUCUAUGUUGGUCUUCGUGGUUUGGAACCGUGGACGUUUGCGCAUGGAGGUCCGGAUUAUCAAAAACUGAAGCCGGCUAGCGAGUGCAAACCUAUUGAAUACCCUAAGCCCGAUGGAAAGCUUAGCUUUGAUUUGCUCACAUCCGUUGCCCUUACCGGCACCAACCACGACCAUGAUCAGCCUCCGCAUCUCGUAUUAUACGACGAUUCUGUACCGACAUCCAGGAAUCUUCCUGUGUUUGAUGGUCCCGAAGCGAGAUUUUGUCCAGCAGGAGUGUAUGAAUACAUUACGGAUGAGGCCACCGGAAAGUCGCGAUUUCAGAUCAACGCACAGAACUGCAUACACUGUAAGACCUGUGAUAUUAAGGAUCCCAGUCAAAACAUCAACUGGGUUACCCCAGAACCAGGUGGAGGACCGGCAUACUCUGGCAUGUAAAUGCCGAUUGAUUGGACUGUGGAGGGUCGAUGUUUCACGCAGGAAAUCUGUUUGAUUAAAUGUUAACGAUGGGCGAUCGAUCGUGUGGGUUGCUGUAGAUUUUUUGUGAGUUUGUGGAUAGAAAUAAAUGAAAAAUAUAUUGCUGCCAGUUUGGAAAUUGAGAUUUUCUCAGAAUUAUUUUUGUUCUCAGAAAUAGUACAAGCAGAAAAAAAUCAAGAAUGAAAACUGUUACAGUAUUUGCUCUUUCGACGCUGGUGUCUUUGUUGUUACUUUUAUGUACUGUAGUUUUUAAGUCCGAGAAGUCUUAAAUUAAGUUUCGGUAGUUGAUUAACCAUGCA